UCGCGUAGCGCAGGCUUUCCGGCCUGGCGUCUAACGUCCUCCCCGCCACAGAAUCGGAAGUUCUGGGCCGAAGUUGCGUGGAAAUGGGCACUGGUGGACUGACAGGGCUUCGGUCGGGCAAGGGAAACACGGAUGAGGUGGCAGCGACUCCUACUGCUGCUUCGGCAUCCUGCCAGUACAGGUGCAUCGAAUGCAACCGAGAGGCGAAGGAAUUGUACCGAGACUAUAAACAUGGAGUGCUGAAGAUAACCAUUUGCAAAUCAUGCCAGAAACCUGUAGACAAGUAUAUCGAGUAUGAUCCUGUUAUUAUCUUGAUUAAUGCUAUUCUAUGUAAAGCCCAGGCCUACAGGCAUAUUCUUUUCAAUACUAAAAUAAAUAUGCAUGGAAAACUCUGCAUAUUUUGUUUGCUUUGUGAAGCAUACCUGAGAUGGUGGCAGCUUCAAGAUUCAAACCAGAACAAUGACCCCGACGACUUUAUCAGAUACGCUAAGGAGUGGGAUUUCUAUAGAAUGUUUGCGAUUGUUUCUCUAGAACAAGCUGCCUUUUUUAUUGGCAUUUUUACUUUCCUGUGGGUAGAAAGACCCUUGACGGCAAAAAAAAAAUCCAACUUCAUUUUGCUGUUGAAAGCCUUGUUAUUAUCUAGCUACGGAAAACUCUUGCUGAUUCCAGCUGUCAUUUGGGAACACGACUACACACCCCUGUGCCUCAGACUCAUUAAAGUGUUUGUCCUCACGUCACAUUUUCAGGCAAUUCGAGUGACCCUAAACAUCAACCGAAAACUCUCUUUUUUGGCCAUUUUAUGUGGCUUACUGCUGGAAAGCACCAUGGUCUACUUCUUUCAGAGGAUAGAAUGGGAUGUUGGAAGUGAUUGUGCCAUCUAUAAAUCUCAAGACUUUUGAAGAGAAUGAAGCAAGGAUUUGGAUACUCUUCCUGAAAAAGAAAGCAGAGGUUAUGGCAUUGGAAACCCCGCGCCUACCACUCCUGCCCACCACGCCCCCACCCCAUGCAAGAAACGGAAAUGACCAUCCGGAGACAGAUCACACAUUCACACUGAAAAACGCUUGCCCAAACAAAGGGAGUGCUGUAUGCAGCAAGGGAAACUUUACACAUUUGCAACUUCAGGCACUUGAUUUGAAAGAGAAACAUGAAUUCAUGACUCACACAUAAUAUUUAUUUUAUUCCUUUGACCAUUGUAUAGCUUUUGAUUUAAAUGUUAAGUUACUGAUUUCAAGUAAUAUAUUUUAAAUAGUGUGUUUUCUUGCAAUAAUUGAAACACUUUUCUCUUAGAAAAGUCAAAACAAACUGAGCUUUUAUAAGCUUAUAAUUUAGUAUCUUCCACCUGUAACAGCUACUCUUUAAAAUAGGCUGAUCUAGAAAUAAAUAACUAAAAGCCACUAAAUUGUUCCCUUUGCAGGAGUGAAUUGAAAUUCCACAAAGCCCUUUUUUAAAUAAAUAGAUUUUUAAAAAUCCCUUCUCUUUUCUCCUUAUUUCAUGUGUUUUUUCCUUCAUCAUUUGCUUACAACAGAUGACUGAGCACCGACUGUUGUGCAUCAGAAACUAAAGUGGUGAGUAAGACAUGACCCUCUCAAAGUUUACUGAGCUGUGAGAAAUUAGAAAUAAGUAAUGGCAGUACUGGGUGGCAAGAGCGGUAAAGGGACCAGUCCAAGGCCUAGGGAAGCACACAGUAGGAGCAUCUAAUCCAGUCAGGAGUCGAGAAGGCCUACCCAGGGAAAAGAGAAAGGAAUAGAACUUCCCCGUGUCCCUGGUAGAACACUUGCAAAGUCCAGGGGUGGAGAGCAUGUAAUGUGUACAGUUACUGAAAGUAUACAGUACAUCUGGGUGCAGGGUGGCCAAUAGGGGUUUGAAAAAUUGUACCAGGAAGUUACAUAAAGGUCCUGUGAGUUGUAAUUUAUCCCAAAGACACGGAAACCAACACAGGCAUCCAAAGUUAAAAACGGAACUAAACCAACUAGCAUAACGUCACAGACUUGCCACAGGAUGGAGUGGGCUGUUGACCACCAGAUGGAGCCAUAAAUGUUAAAAAGGGAACACGGAGGGCAUGCAACCAGAGGGCAUGUUACACACCCCCUGUGUUAGAGAAAUAAAUAUUACAGGAAAUGACAGUAUGUCAGUCAUAACUUUUCACUUCUUGAGUCUGUUGACAAGAGAACCACAUCACCCUUUCAUAAAAUCACACUCCAUACAACUUCAAUCUAUGUUAAGCACUGCACAGGUGGUCACUAAUCUUAAAAAGAAAAAAAUGGAACCACUUCCUGGUGCCAGUGUCUGUGAGUGGCAGAGAGCCCAGGCUGUGGAGGUGGGUAGAGAAGCCACCUGCUCUCUCAUCUUAGGCCCAGUGUUUCUGCACUGAUCUUUGGAGUGUGACUGAAGGAAGCAGAGGCUGCCUGUAAGUGACCACUAGAUACACCUGGAGUGACUCAAGUUCUCCCCACAACCCCCUCUCAUCAGCCCAGGGAAUCCAUCUCACCUCUUUGCUUGGCCCUGCAUUUUUUCCAAACUUUUUUUAUGAAAAAUUUCAGACAAUUAUUGACAGGAUUUUACAGUGAAACAACCUAGAUUUUGCAGUUGUUAAACUUUGGCCUGACUUCUCUUUUAAAGUUAAUUUAAAUGUGAUUGCUGAAAUGAGAGAAUCGCUCUGUUAACACUAAUGAGGUAGUGGUGGAGCUUAGUGCUUUAAAGUGAGAUCUAUACUUUCCAAGGUGUCCCCUCCUUCCCCAAAACACUGAGACAUGAUCUAACAACAAAAAAAGGUAUUUAUAGAACAGUGUAGCUGAAAGCAUAUAAUUAAAUCACUUUUGGGUACCCCCACCCUCAUUGAUAAAUACAUGCACUCAAGCGCCCCUAGAAAUCUUGUCUCAUAAUCACAAGCAUGGAUCACGCUACAGUGGCCAUGCUGACAGCCCACUGCUGACUCUGGAAUUUGCAACACAGCCAGGAAACAGAGAAAGUCUCAGUUUACGAGAGCAAGUACAGACCAAUAUGGCACAUGGAAAAUAGAGAAGUGUCUUGUUAAGAGAUUUUCUACUGAAGUGUGAAGCCCUUUGAACUCAUUUGGGAAGAAAACAUUGAGGUGUAUGUGAAAGCCAAAGAAACGGCAUCAUCAAAGAUACUUACAAGAUGAGCAACUGGAGAAGUUAAAAAUUCUUUCUAAUCAGUCAUAUAAAAAACAGGAAGCUUAGAAAAGAUAAGUGUUUUGCUCAAGGUCACACAAGCAGAUGGUGACAGAACUGAAACUAAAAUCUCAGCCUUCGCAUCCAGUAUAAUAGAGGAUCCCUGGAUAAGGAAAUUAACUGGUCUUCAAAUACAAUUAGGAAUAGAGAACAAGUGCUUUUAAGUAAGGAACUCAGAUGACUGAAGCCAGAUCAAUAAGCACCUGCAUACCUCCAAGGAAACAGAAAAGAGUCUCGAAAAAAUGAGCAUUUACUGAAUUCUUUCCACAGCCAUGGUUCUUGAAAGUUGUGUUGAAACUUUCUGAUAUCUAACAUAUAACUAAACCUCUUCUUAUAAAAUUGGAGGAGAAAAAGUUAACCCAGGACUAAAUUUGAAAUGAACUCUGAUUCAAAGAGCCAAAAGAGGAAAAAGGCUAACAGCAAGAAUCUCCCACCAAACAUUCAAUUUCUGCCAGGUCCUGUUGUGUUAAGGGUAUUACUAACUCCCACUCUGUCUCUGGUGAAUCAUCUCACCCCCACCAUGACACCUCUGACCUAUACCCCCCUUUCUUGUAUGCAUAAAUAAAUACAUCUUUUUAAAAAAAAAAAUUCAUUUGACUAAUAGCAGCCCGCACCCAACCACUACCACAUGGACACACACCUCCUGAGCUGAGCAGGUCUCUCCUGGGAAACAACCCUUACUCUGUACUUUCACUGACAUCACAGGCAGGCAGAUGCAGGGCACUGCAAGGAGCCUCUGAGGGGCACCUGGUGACAUGGCGACUGGUUGCUACCUGGAGGAGCUGAAGCUCUAGGAUGGGUGUGUGUGGCACUGGCUGUACCAUGUGACCCAAAGAUUCCCUGGCAACGUUUGAAGAAUAUCAUGCCAACACAUUCUCAUAUUUUCCAGCAGUCACCUUGCUUGUACACAUUUGGCAGGACAUACCAAGAAAAACACCUGCCCUGGCGCUGAGCAUGCACUCUGUACGCCUUAAAUGAGCGCAAGGUAAGGAGCUGCCACAUUUGUGUCUGCAAGAAGAUAAAACUUGUCUUUCUUGACAGCAGAUGCUUCCUGUGCUGAUUUGACACCUGGUUUCAUUGUCCCCAUCUUGCCCUUGUAAUCCCUAUGAGCUGAUUUUUUAGAAAAUUGCAGUACAUUCUGUUAAUUUUUAAUGGAUUUUUUAAAGAUUUAUUUAU